CACGGAACAUCGCAUGAGACAUUACUCUGGUCCCUCGUAACUCUCACACUUCCUAAAAGGAAAAAAAUUUGCAUCAUCGUUAUCGUCGUCAAGCCUUUUCUCUCUCGGACAACCAUGCAGGCACUCCAAUCCCCGACCCUGCAUCCCUCUCCUCUCGGCUCAAUUCGUAAGAACUCCUCCCAUCUCCUCACCAGGCGCCGCCUCUCCAUCAAUGCAGCGUCGUCCCAGCCCACAGUCUCGGCGCCGAAACGCGAGAAGGACCCCAAGAAGCGGGUAGUGAUCACCGGGACGGGCUUGGUCUCCGUGUUCGGAAACGACGUCGAUGAGUAUUACAACAGGCUUCUCGAGGGCGAGAGUGGGAUCGGCCCCAUAGACCGGUUCGAUGCCUCCAAGUUCCCCACCCGGUUCGCCGGUCAGAUCCGUGGGUUCUGCUCCGAGGGCUACAUAGAUGGAAAGAAUGACCGUCGCCUCGACGAUUGCAUCAGGUACUGCAUUGUUGCUGGCAAGAAGGCGCUCGAGGAUGCUGAUCUCGGCGGCGACAAGCUCUCUAAGAUUGAUAAGGAGCGGGCUGGGGUGCUUGUGGGAACAGGGAUGGGUGGUCUUACAGCCUUUUCUAAUGGUGUUGAGUCUUUAAUAGAGAAAGGUCACAGGAAAAUAACCCCUUUCUUCAUUCCCUAUGCUAUAACCAACAUGGCGUCUGCAUUGCUUGCAAUUGAUAUAGGCUUCAUGGGCCCAAAUUACUCAAUUUCGACAGCUUGUGCCACCUCCAAUUAUUGCUUCUAUGCAGCUGCAAAUCAUAUCCGUCAGGGUGAGGCUGACCUGAUGAUUGCAGGUGGGACUGAAGCCGCCAUUAUUCCCAUUGGACUGGGUGGUUUUGUUGCAUGCAGAGCCUUAUCUCAGAGGAACGAUGAUCCAAAAACUGCUUCAAGACCAUGGGAUAAAGGUCGAGAUGGAUUUGUCAUGGGUGAAGGAGCUGGAGUAUUGAUAAUGGAGAGCUUGGAACAUGCAAUGAAACGAGGUGCACCAAUUAUCGCUGAGUAUUUAGGAGGUGCCGUUAAUUGUGAUGCUUAUCAUAUGACUGAUCCAAGAGCAGAUGGACUUGGUGUGUCCUCAUGCAUUGAGAGCAGCCUUGAAGAUGCCGGUGUGUCACCUGAGGAGGUUAACUACAUAAAUGCACAUGCAACUUCCACUCUUGCGGGUGACCUAGCUGAGAUAAAUGCCAUAAAAAAAGUUUUCAAGAAUACUUCAGAGAUCAAAAUCAAUGCCACCAAGUCAAUGAUUGGACAUUGCCUUGGUGCUGCUGGGGGUUUGGAAGCCAUCGCAACUGUCAAAGCCAUAACAACAGGAUGGCUGCAUCCUAGCAUAAAUCAAUUUAAUCCAGAGCCUUCAGUUGAGUUCAACACUGUUGCAAGUAAAAAGCAGCAGCAUGAAGUGAAUGUUGCCAUUUCAAAUUCAUUUGGAUUUGGUGGACACAACUCCGUCGUAGCCUUUUCAGCAUUCAGACCUUGAUCAUCCAGCCAUUCUGGAUUUCUUGUAGGAGAUGAGGCAGGCUUAUUCUCGAUUGUGGCUGUUUGUUAGUGAGUUCACUGUAUGCUUAUCAAGCCAUUGUAAUUUUUUUUCUUAAUAAUUUUGUGUUGGAUUCUAGCUUAGGUAAUCUGUGACGUCUUUACUUUGGAACAAUUCCCUCUAUUGGGCUAGUGGUGUGUCAAGGGCAUAUUCAGUUUUAAAUUGCGCAUUCAGCAGAGAAAAAUAAAACAAAAUAAAAUUGCCACCUUCUGCUUA